GAGCUACGCACUUCUAUGCUGUUGUCCGCUGUCGCUGCGCGCUCUCUAACAAAUUGAAGCGGACCGGUAGAGGCGUUUGGUGUGUGCACAGUUUCUGUGUAAUUUACGAGGUUUUAUUCUCAACCAAACAUGGUUGCGAAGCAGCGCAUGAGGAUACAGAAUGAGAAGGCGGGGAAGAACAUUACGUUGAGGGGCAACGUUCCAAAAUCAUUGAAACCUGCAGAAGACAAAUACCCUGUUGGACCCUGGCUCUUGGCUCUCUUCAUCUUUGUUGUUUGUGGAUCAGCCAUCUUCCAGAUCAUCCAGAGCAUCCGCAUGACGUAAUGCACUCUGUUCGGCGUGGGAAUCAUUCCAUCCUGCAAAACUGAAGUGUGUUCUCUUGUGUAUUUAUUCGGCCGCUCCGGACCACGUGUUAACGGUCGGCCGAGAUAUAUAUAUGGGUUUUAUUGCGAUAUGGUGGGAAGGUAAUUUGUGACGUUUCCGCUCGUGUGUAUUUUUUAUAACGAUGCACAAAUAAAAUGAAGCGCAGUUGGGAUGGACGCUGUGGGACCUGGCGACUCGGCACCGGCUCGGGGCGCGGCGCUCCGGCCGGUCCCACUUUCCUCUGACCUGUGGCGGUGCACAAUGUCGCGCCGCCGUGAUAUGGGGCCGCGCGGCCGGCGGCUACCGACCGCCACCUCAGAAAUAUACCACUGUUAAUAGAA